AGCCAAUCCGGGGCCGCCUUACACUCCGAUUUGCCGGGGCAGCCAAUCGGGGAUGAGCUUUUAUUAGGCGGCCAGAUCAUCAAGCCGAAGUGCCAAACCCUUUUUCUGUGAGAACUAGGAGCCUGUCCUCCAUGUUUUAUAAGUAUUGACAUUACACAGUGUUAACAAUGCAUCCACAGAGUCCCAAAUCUGCCAGCCUGUUCUCUCUUCUUAACUGUGGAAAAAUGAGACGGUUGCUUGAACAUUUGUUGGCUUGGCUGAAGAGGAAAUAAAAACAGAACAGGAGGUGGUGGAGGGCAUGGAUAUCUCUACUCGCUCCAAAGAUCCUGGCUCUACAGAGAGAACAGCCCAGAAAAGAAAGUUCCCCAGCCCUCCGCAUUCCUCCAAUGGCCACUCGCCACAGGACACAUCAACAAGCCCCAUUAAAAAGAAAAAGAAACCCGGCUUACUGAACAAUAACAAUAAAGAGCAGUCAGAACUAAGACAUGGUCCGUUUUACUAUAUGAAGCAGCCACUCACCACAGACCCUGUUGAUGUUGUACCGCAGGAUGGACGAAAUGAUUUCUACUGCUGGGUUUGUCACCGGGAAGGCCAAGUCCUUUGCUGUGAGCUCUGUCCCCGGGUUUAUCACGCUAAGUGUCUGAGACUGACAUCGGAACCAGAGGGGGACUGGUUUUGUCCUGAAUGUGAGAAGAUUACAGUAGCAGAAUGCAUCGAGACUCAGAGUAAAGCCAUGACAAUGCUCACCAUUGAACAGUUAUCCUACCUGCUCAAGUUUGCCAUUCAGAAAAUGAAACAGCCAGGGACAGAUGCAUUCCAGAAGCCCGUUCCGUUGGAACAGCAUCCCGACUAUGCGGAAUACAUCUUCCAUCCCAUGGACCUUUGUACAUUGGAAAAGAACGCUAAAAAGAAAAUGUAUGGCUGCACAGAAGCCUUCCUGGCUGAUGCAAAAUGGAUUUUGCACAACUGCAUCAUUUAUAAUGGGGGAAAUCACAAAUUGACGCAAAUAGCGAAAGUCGUCAUCAAAAUCUGUGAGCAUGAGAUGAAUGAAAUCGAAGUUUGUCCAGAGUGUUAUCUAGCUGCUUGCCAAAAACGAGAUAACUGGUUUUGUGAGCCUUGUAGCAAUCCACAUCCUUUGGUUUGGGCAAAACUGAAGGGGUUUCCAUUCUGGCCUGCGAAAGCUCUGAGGGAUAAAGAUGGGCAGGUUGAUGCCCGUUUCUUUGGACAACACGACAGGGCCUGGGUUCCAAUAAAUAAUUGCUACCUCAUGUCUAAAGAGAUUCCUUUUUCUGUGAAAAAGACCAAAAGCAUCUUCAACAGUGCAAUGCAAGAGAUGGAAGUUUACGUGGAGAACAUCCGCCGGAAGUUUGGGGUCUUUAAUUACUCUCCAUUCAGGACGCCCUACACACCCAACAGCCAGUACCAAAUGCUGCUCGACCCCUCCAACCCCAGCGCUGGUGCUGCCAAGACAGACAAGCAGGAGAAGGUCAAGCUCAACUUUGACAUGACGGCGUCGCCCAAGAUCCUGAUGAGCAAGCCGAUGCUGAGUGGGGGCACAGGCCGCAGGAUCUCCUUGUCGGACAUGCCACGCUCCCCCAUGAGCACCAACUCCUCUGUGCACACAGGCUCCGACGUGGAGCAGGACGCCGAGAAGAAGGCCACGUCCAGCCACUUCAGCGCGAGUGAGGAGUCCAUAGACUUCCUGGACAAGAGCACAGCUUCACCAGCCUCCACCAAGACGGGACAAGCGGGGAGUUUAUCCGGCAGCCCGAAACCUUUCUCUCCUCAAGUAUCAACACCAAUCACGACGAAAACGGACAAGACAUCCACCACGGGAAGCAUCCUGAAUCUUAACCUGGAUCGAAGCAAGGCCGAGAUGGAUCUGAAGGAGCUGAGUGAGUCGGUCCAGCAGCAGUCGGCCCCUGUUCCUCUCAUCUCUCCCAAGCGGCAGAUUCGCAGCAGGUUCCAGCUAAAUCUUGAUAAGACGAUAGAGAGUUGCAAAGCACAAUUAGGCAUAAAUGAAAUCUCAGAAGAUGUGUAUACAGCUGUAGAACACAGCGAUUCGGAGGAUUCCGAGAAGUCAGAUAGUAGCGGUAGUGACUCUAUCAGUGAUGAGGAGCAGAGGUCAAAGAAUGAGCCGGAAGAUGCCGAAGACAAAGAAGAUGCUCGGAUGGACAAAGAGCCGUCUGCUGUCAAAAAAAAGCCCAAACUGGCAAACCCCAUGGAGACAAAAGAGGAGCUGAAAGUCAGCACGUCGCCAGCCAGCGACAAAGCAGACCCAGGCUUGGUCAAGGAGAAGACUAGCCCUCAGCCCGAGAAGGACUUUUCAGACAAAGCCAAACCCUCGCCUCAUCCCACAAAGGAUAAGCUGAAGGGAAAAGAUGAGACGGAUUCCCCAACAGUGCAUUUGGGCCUGGACUCCGAUUCAGAGAGCGAACUUGUCAUAGAUUUAGGAGAAGACCAUUCUGGGCGGGAGGGUCGAAAAAAUAAGAAGGAACCCAAAGAACCGUCUCCCAAGCAGGAGGUCGUAGGUAAAGCUCCACCAUCCACGACGGCGGGCAGCCAGUCUCCCCCCGAAACGCCGGUCCUCACCCGCUCUUCCGCCCAAACUCCCACGGCUGGUGUCACGGCCACCACCAGCACCACAUCCACGGUCACGGCCCCGGCCGCCGCUGCCACAGGAAGCCCAGUGAAAAAGCAGAGGCCGCUUUUACCGAAGGAGACUGCCCCGGUCGUGCAGCGGGUCGUGUGGAACUCCUCAAGUAAGUUUCAAACGUCCUCCCAAAAGUGGCACAUGCAGAAGAUGCAGCGCCAGCAGCAGCAGCAAAACCAGCAAAACCAGCAGCAAAACCAGCAGCCUCAGUCUUCCCAGGGGACGAGAUAUCAGACCAGACAGGCCGUGAAAGCUGUCCAGCAGAAGGAGAUCACGCAGAGCCCGUCCACCUCCACCAUCACCCUGGUGACUAGCACCCAGUCGUCGCCCCUGGUCACCAGCUCGGGGUCCACGAGCACCCUCGCCUCUUCAGUAAGCGCAGACCUGCCCAUCGCCACCGCCUCAGCCGACGUCGCCGCGGACAUCGCCAAGUACACUAGCAAAAUGAUGGAUGCAAUAAAAGGCACAAUGACGGAAAUAUAUAACGACCUUUCUAAAAACACUACUGGAAGCACAAUAGCCGAGAUUCGCAGGCUGAGGAUUGAGAUAGAGAAGCUCCAGUGGCUGCACCAGCAGGAGCUCUCGGAAAUGAAACACAACUUGGAGCUGACCAUGGCUGAGAUGCGGCAGAGCCUGGAGCAGGAGCGGGACCGGCUCAUCGCUGAGGUGAAGAAGCAGCUGGAGCUGGAGAAGCAGCAGGCGGUGGACGAGACCAAGAAGAAGCAGUGGUGCGCCAACUGCAAGAAGGAGGCCAUCUUCUACUGCUGCUGGAACACCAGCUACUGUGACUACCCCUGCCAGCAGGCCCACUGGCCUGAGCACAUGAAGUCCUGCACCCAGUCAGCUACCGCGCCUCAGCAGGAAGCAGACGCCGAGGUGAACACGGAAACACUAAACAAGUCAUCCCAGGGGGCCUCCUCCAACACGCAGGCAGCCCCCCCGGAAACGAGCACCUCGAAAGAGAAGGAGGCGCCAGCUGAGAAAAGCAAGGACGGUGGCUCGACCCUCGACCUUUCUGGCUCCAGGGAGACGCCCUCCUCCAUUCUCUUAGGCUCCAACCAAGGCUCUGUUAGCAACAGGUGUGACAAGCAACCCGCCUCUGUCCCAACCAGCACAGACCACCAGCCGCACCCCAGCUACCCAGCCCAGAAGUACCAUUCCCGGAGCAGUAAAUCCAGUUGCUGGAGCGGCAGUGAUGAGAAACGGGGAUCGGUGCGCUCUGAGCACAACGCCAGCACCAGUUCGAAGAGCCUCAUCCCGAAAGAGUCUCGGCUGGACACCUUCUGGGACUAGGGACACGUUGGGGUACAAGUCACCCAUCCCACGGAGGAAAAAAAAAAACCAGACACCAGGAAAACCGGAAACAGCAAAGAAAUGUGAGACAGGAGAAUCGCCACCCUCAGACUGGAGGAUGCCAACCAUUCAGACUUGGCCUUUGCACCUGGCACGGAGGGCAGCCCACACUACGUCACGUCCAGCAUUAGCCUUGACAGAGGACUGUUCCACCCACAUGAAACCUAUGCUUUAGAUGUAAAUAAUGUACAAUUUGUGGAUGUCAUUGAGCCUAGAGUACCUUCCCCUUUUUAUAUUUGUAUUGACUUUAACUUAUAAAAAAAAAAAAGAGAGAGAAAAACAAUAAAAAAAAAAAGAAACACACCCAACAACAAAAAGAAUGUUUGGAUGUUGGAGAAGGGACGGUCAGCCAGCCCACCUGUCACAGUGGUAUGGGGAGGGCGUGGGGAUCACCAUGGCACACAGGUCCUUAUCCUGGGAUGCCCAGGGGAAAGUGAGCCGUUUCCAUUUGUACGUCUGUACACAGCACAUUGGGAUCAGGAAUUUCCGGCACAGAUUCAGUGCUGUCGUGGGCACAUCACAUCCAACCAUUGGCCCCUUUCAAAUGCUGUGUUACCAUGUUUUAAAAGGCAAGCUCUCUGGACCAGUAGGACAUGUGGAGGAGCUCGUUUAUUUUAUGUGAUUUCCAUGAUGACUUUACUCCUAUAAAAGGGAAAAAAAAAACCAACGUCCUUGUUUACAGAAUAUCAACUAGAAACAAGCCCUGCUCAGCUCAGUUGCAGAAGGGAAGAACUUAGAAAGCGCUCAAGUCAGAAGCUCUGAAACAAAGAGAGAUCUUUUCUUUGCUUUGUGGUUCCUUUAAAGACACUCACACCCACUUGGUAAGAGACGGGCCGUGCUUUGCGGAAGUGAGAAGUCAAAGGCAAGACGCACGCGGAGGACAUUUCAGUCUGGGAUGAAGCAUGUAUGUAUUAUUUAUAUGAUGGAAUUUUACGUUUUUAUGUCAGCAUGAAACAAAGGCAGUGUGAGAGGACGCAGGACACCGCCGUGCUGUCUGUUACACUACGUAUGCUGUAGUACCAUUUUGUAUGUUGUGUAAAACAAGAAGCAUUGAACAAAGCAAAAAGGUGAUGUAUGUAUAUGAGAAAAAUUAAUUGUACGAUAUCAUUCCAGUACCUUCUGUUGUACAUUUUAGUCUCGUUUCCUUUCUCUUCAUUGUUGAUAAGAGGAUGCGAACUGUACAGUUUCCAGCUAGUUACCCAUAUUAGAGAAGAAAUAAAAAGAGAGUAUUAGAAGAAAACAGGAGAGAAAGAACAUUUGUGAAUUGCAGUUGUCAAAAAAAAAAAAUAGCCUAGCUGGCCUUAUUUGUGAAGCAUAAUUGCUUUUAGCAUAUGGAAGUAUUUUUUCACAUUUUCUUUGUAUAAAAUUUGUAUUAAACUUAAAUAUCUUUUUUGAUGAUGGUGUUUCUUUGUGUCUGAGCCAGUGGACUCACACGGUAUGCUCUUUUGGGUUCCCCCACCCCCCAGUUUUUUCAGA